AAUAAAGUGUGAGUAGCAUAAUGUACGCGCUUAACAUGAGAUGAGAGUAAAGAGCUGGAUACAGCUAAAGACUAGCUAUAGUUAGAAUGUUACUAUCUCUUUCCAUUAUUCCAUUCAUUCAUAAUUCAUUCCUACCACAUUUUCCUUUCUUAAUUCAUUUGUUAUAUUUUUCCACUUAUUACUUCUCCUUAAUCUACUCUUUACUUAUUAUUAACCCCAAACACAACCCACACUCUCUCUCUCUCUCUUUCUCUUCAUUCUUCCACCGACAACAUUAUUCUCUCCGAAACAAAAAAAACACACACACACACCAUGACAGAUCGUGUCUACCCUGCCGCCAAACCCACCACCAACGGCAACGGUAACGGUAACGGUAAUGGUGUCUCCGCCGCCAACCCAUCUUUUCCAGCCACAAAAGCUCAACGCUACGGUGCAACCCGUCCUACUUACCGUCCUCAACCUUAUCACCGCCGUAGCCGUCGCCGUUGCUGUUGCACUUUCUUUUUCUGGCUUUUUCUAAUCAUCCUCAUCCUCCUCUUCAUCGUCGGUGUCAUCGGCACCGCUUUCUACCUAAUCUACCGUCCCCACCGUCCUUCUUUCACCGUCACAUCUCUCAAACUUUCAUAUUUCAAUCUCACUUCUUCUUCAACUCUCAACUCAAAAUUCAACAUCGACAUCACAGCAAAAAACCCAAACAAAGACAUAAUCUUUGUUUACCAACCAACCACCAUUUCAAUUCUCUCCGGCGAUAUCGAUGUCGGCGACGGAACAAUACCUUCUUUCAACCAUGGGAAAAAGAACACUACUCUUUUAAAAGCUUCGAUUUUGAGCAACGGAGAAUCACUAGAAACUGAUUCUGCUUCAGAGCUGAAGAAGAACAUGAAGAGCAAAAAUGGGUUACCGUUGAAAGUGAAAUUGGAUACGAAAGUGAAAGCGAAAAUGGGAAAAUUGAAAACACCUAACGUUGGAAUUAGAGUUUCUUGCGACGGAAUUAGAGUUCAUUUACCCGUCGGUAAAAAACCAGCGACGGCGUCAACUUCUAACGUUAAGUGUAACGUUGAUGUGAGGUUUAAGAUCUGGAAAUGGACUGUUUAAUUGUUUAAUUGAUGAAGUAAACAAACAAGUUCAUGUGAUGACAGAACAGGAUCAUAGUCAUAGAGGUGUGUUGUGAUUUUUUUUUUUUUCUUUGUUUUUUGCUUUUGGUCUUUUUUUAAAUUUAAUUUAAUUUCUGUUUUUUUGGUAUAUUUUAUUUUUUGGAAAUUUGUUGAUAUUCAUAAUUAUUGUUACAUUAUUACAUAAUUUAUAUAAACGCGUGUAGAUGGCGACAAAGACUAUUUAGUUUCAGUGGA